AUGGCGGGUGGAAGCGAUGCUGGGACAGAGAUAUCUGGGCUUGUCAAUACUUUACAGGGACAUGUCGAUGAUAUCCGAAGUCAACUGCAAUGCGGUAUCUGCAUCCGUCCUCUCUACGAGCCCUUCACUCUUGCCUGCGGUCAUACUUUCUGUUACUCGUGCUUGGAUUCAUGGUUCGCCGGGGGUAAAUCGAAGAGAACAUGUCCGGAUUGUCGAGCACCUGUCAAAACACAGCCUGCGCCGGCAUACCUAGUACGGACAGUGGUGCAGAUGUUCACGAGCCGCGCGGAGCUUCUCGAUAAAGGCGAAACUACAGCAGAUCACUUAACACAUCGAGAAGAGGAGGCUGGGAGACUGGAUAAAGAUAAAGCGAAUACGGAUUCGCAACACGGAGGUCUUUUCAGAGGCCUGUUCAAAGAAAAAGUGGCAUUACUCCCGCCUGUUGCCGAUUUGGAUGAUGGAGUCAUGCGCUGUCCAAUAUGCAGCUGGGAGCUUGGCGAUGAUGAGGCUUGCGCGGGCUGCGGAUACGAAUACCACGGAGAGUCAGACGGAACAGACUACACGGACGAAGACUCAGACCUCAGCGGCACAGAAAACUAUGACUCACUCAUAGACGACGAAGCCGAUGUUGACGGGUUUGGGGACAUCGAGGAUGACGAUCCGGUUUGGGGAGGCUUUGCGCCCCCAGGCUCUUUCCCGCGGGAUCUCGCAGCCGCUCCUCCAGCUGGGAUAGCCGAAUAUGACGAGCACUACAUCGAUGAAGAGAACGAGUACGAUGAACAGGAUUCAUUUAUCGACAACGAGGAGUAUAUGAACCGCGAAGACGAUGGCUCUCAGUCUGAACACUCGACAGUGAUGGGAUCUGGCAGUGGCUGGCAGGCUGGGAAUUCACAAAGACCCAUCAUUCUUGAUGACACCAUCUCAAGUGACGAAGAGGAAGAUGAAGAAGAUGACGAUGAGGACGAGGAAGACGGCGUGGUCCGACGACCUUCCCGUCGUCAUAUUGCAAACUUUUCAAGCGACGAUGACGACGACGACGAAGAAGAAGAAGAAGAAGAAGAAGAAGAAGAAGAAGAGGAGGAGGAAGAGGACGAUAUGGACGAGGAUGAAAGUAGGCUCAUGGGCCCCGGAGGACCAUGGGGAAUACCCGCUUCACACGGAGACACAUAUCACGAAGCUCCCUCAUCACCAACGCACACAGAGGAGACUGAUGACGAAGAAAACCCAGAACUGGAUCUAGCCCCUGGACGCCGGUACUAUCAAAACGUGGUUGAGGACUCCGAGGAGAGCGAAUCGUCAGAUCUGAGUUCCCCACCUCCACGUAGGCCUACUCGGCCGGUGGGAAGUACAGGUGUCACUUUUGGAAAUACGAUCACCAUCGACGACUCUGAUGAAGAACAGCCAGUUGGCCCCGUCAGAAGACAAGUACAAAGACGGCAACCCAGGUACUCGCCAUAUUAA